AUGACGGUUUCAGAACGCUUCAACGAAGACACGACAGGCGAUGAAGUGGUUCAGUCUUUCAUUGACCAGGUCAAGGGCCGAACUUUCGCUAUCACUGGCCCAAGCGUUGACUCACUGGGCGCAGAAACUGCACUCUCUCUUGCACGCCAUGCAAAUCCAGCCAAGCUAAUACUUUUCGGUCGCAAUGAAUCUCGGAUCAAGCCUAUCAUGUCUCAGAUUCAAGCUCUGAAUCCAUCAAUUCAGGUCUUCUUAUUUGCUAUAGAUCUGAGUAGCUCUACUUCUAUUCAUGCAGCUGCUGAACAAGUCUUGUCAAAUCCUCAGAUUGGACCUAUUCAUGUUCUCAUCAACAACGCCGGAGUUAUGGCAUGCCCUUACACCCCUGUUGAAGAAUGGAAGGACAAGAGAGGCUCUCCAGUUGAGCUCCAAUUCGCGGCAAAUCAUCUUGGCCAUUUCCUGUUGACUACGUUGCUGAUGGACAGAAUCCGUCAGUCUGGUCCAGGCGCUAGGGUUGUAAAUGUGUCGGCAGCCUCACACCGUUUCAGUGCAGUCAACCUGGAUGACCUUAAUUUCACUAACGGCGCGAUUUAUCACCCUUGGCGGGCUUAUGCCCAGUCCAAGUCUGCGAUCAUCUUAAUCACUAAGGCUUUGGCUUCGAGAAUUCCCAGUGAAGAGGUUACUAUCUUGUCUCUCCAUCCAGGAAUCAUCUUUACCGGCCUGGCAAGGCACAUGGAAAGUGCCCUCCCCGAACCCGCCCUGAUUGAGGCCCACCUUUCAUUUCCCAAUGCCGAGUCGAUUCAACCCAAACCGAAGCAACAAGGAUGCUCCACAAUGCUAGUUGCUGCCUUGGAUCCUACCUUACAAAUUCAUUCCGCCGCUACAUUCGCCUCAGAUGAGAAAGAAGCAGAACGUCUUUGGGAAGUCAGUAAGGAAAUUUUGGGUAUCUAA